CCCCGCGGACGCUCCCUCUGGAUCUCCCGCGGGAUUCUCGCUUAGGCGGCCGGGCGGCGCACGAUGCGCCCUGCUGCUCGCUUCUGAUCGCCAGCCCUGCCGCGAUGAUCUCCCCGGAGCAGCAGCAGCAGCAGCAGCAGCCCAACCAUGUCGUGGCCACCAUCGAGAACCUGCCGCCCGAGGGAGGAGGAGGCGGCGGCAGGAGCAGCAGCAGCAGCCUCUCUGCCCCCUCGUCCUCUUCUUCCAACGUGCGCCAGAGGAUCCGGAAAGUGUUUAACAGGGAACUCCUGCUGUCUAUAGCCCUUGGGCAGGUGCUGUCCCUGCUUAUCUGUGGCAUUAGCCUGACCAGCAAGUAUUUGUCAGAUGAUUUUCAUGCCAACACUCCAGUCUUUCAGAGCUUCCUGAACUAUAUUCUUCUCUUUUUGGUCUACACCACAACAUUAGCUGUAAGACAAGGAGAAGAAAACCUACUGGCAAUCUUGAAAAGAAGAUGGUGGAAGUACAUGAUCCUGGGGAUAAUCGAUAUAGAAGCGAAUUACCUGGUAGUUAAAGCUUAUCAGUAUACUACUUUUACUAGUGUACAGCUCCUAGAUUGUUUUGUGAUUCCGGUUGUGAUAUUGCUGUCCUGGUUUUUCCUCCUGGUGCGGUACAAGGCAGUGCACUUCAUUGGCAUUGUGGUCUGCAUUCUGGGCAUGGGCUGCAUGGCAGGAGCUGAUGUCCUUGUUGGAAGACAGCAAGGAGGAGGAGAAAAUAAACUUAUAGGGGAUCUUCUAGUGUUAGGAGGGGCCACUCUUUAUGGCAUCUCCAAUGUCUGCGAGGAGUACAUCGUACGGAACCUGAGUCGCGUGGAAUUCCUUGGCAUGAUUGGACUCUUUGGUUCCUUCUUCAGUGGGAUUCAGCUCGCCAUUAUGGAACACAAGGAGUUGUUGAAAGUUCCUUGGGAUUGGCAAAUAGGGUUGCUGUAUGUUGGCUUUAGUGCCUGCAUGUUUGGCCUCUACAGCUUCAUGCCUGUGGUCAUUAAGAAAACCAGCGCUACAGCAGUCAACCUUUCCCUGCUUACAGCGGACCUGUACAGCCUUUUCUGUGGAUUCUUUCUGUUCUACUACAAGUUUUCAGGACUUUACCUUCUGUCAUUCUUCACAAUCCUUGUUGGGCUGGUGCUGUACUCCUCCACAUCCACCUAUGUUGCCCAGGAUCCACGUGUGUACAAGCAGUUCCGAAACCCUUCAGGACCUGUUGUAGACUUGCCAGCCACUGGGCAGCUAGAGCCUUCAGUAACAUACACCAGUCUAGGCCAAGAAACAGAAGAAGAACCUCAUGUCCGAGUUGCCUAAACUCAGGCCUUUGGCAUCCUUGGUGGAGUUUGUAUCUCCAUUAUCUCUGUAUCAUCCAUAGAGAAAGGUAUUUACCGGAUGCAGUUGCUCAGGUGGACUGCAAGGUAGCAAAUAGGGAAGGCUUGUAAAAUUACAGACUAAAUUGUUGUUAAGCGUAUGUGACUAAGAGCAGUAAUUCUUGGGCCUUUGCUGUUCUAACUGGAGUUCCUCAAAAAAAUGAUGAGUGGUUCCUUGAUGAGAAGUACAGAUAUAGUGGGCAAGCUUGCCUGUAGGACAACGUGUUAGCUACCAGGCUUCCAUUAGAAACCUAUACAGUAGGUCUGUUCUUGAGAGAACACACAGUUUGGUUCACACUGAAGACAAAUGCCAUGACUGAGCUGAGCGUUCCCUCAAGAAGAUGACCAUGGGAAUCCUCUUCAGUAGACUGGAGUUGCAUCGCAAGGGGCUCCACGGCAGAUCUUGAUGGGAAAAAGUUGAGUGGGGGGGAAUUCAAAACAAACAGGAUGGGGAUGAGCACAGCCUGCUCUGAACAGGCAUCUACCUCAAUUCUGCUCAUGAGUCAGGAAUUCCCACUUCUUCCACCUCUGCCCUCUUCCUCAAGGCAAAGCAAAACAAGACAAAAACAUAUUGCAGAAGGAGGAGUACGUACAAAAGGCAGUGAUCAUCCUUUCUGUGAGUGCAGGUUCACUUUUUCCCAUUGAGGAUCUCAAGCUUUGACUACAGAUCCAAGGAUCCCUCCCAGAAAAAGCUACUCUGAGCAUCCAUUCUGUCUGAGGAGAAGUGUUCCUAGGUAAUGGCAAAUAAACAUCAGGUCAGACCCCCAGAGACCUUGGCACUUGCGAACUGUGCUCUCUGCAUUAAUGGGAAAGAUUGCCGUUGCCACCUCCUUACCCACCCUUCUUCAAUAUAGUAUUGCCGGCCUGGUGGUGUUGGGGUUGCCUUGUGAGAAGAGGAGAGAAGGAGGGAAGUGGUCCUUAGCUUUUUAAAGUAAGAUUGACUGGACAAUUGAAAAAGCCAGAGCAACAAUGGGAAUGCAACCAUCCAUCCUUCAAGGCAAGCAGCCCUAAUGGUAGAAGUUCGGAAAACCAUUGACAUUGGCAGUUCAAAGUUAAUGCAGCAAACGGCAACUCUCAGUAAAUCACUCAAAAUAAUUUGUGACCAGCUCAGAAUGCAUGCUGAAAUUCCCUCACAUAGCACCAAUAUGGUAUUUCUGCACCUUUUUUACACUGACGUUGCCUGGGUUUUAGUAAAGCCGCAUUUGUACAGCAGGUCCAUAUGCAUGCCGACACUCUUAAUGUCUAGUAAGGGUUUGUUUCACAUAGCCAAGGCAGGUUAGUCACAAUGCCUAUACCCCAGUGCCAUUUUGUUCAUUCAGCUGCCUUCACAACUGGCAGACCAGCCUGCUAAGGCAGACCUUCUCACCUGCUGUGGAGUAGAGAUCUCAUCAUCCUCAGCUAUCUGGAGGGUACCCUGCUGAAGAUGGCUCUAAAGAACCAAGUGUUCUAGGAAGCCAGGGGAUGGACAGUUACCAGUAUUCAUCUGUAUUCUAGGAAUAGGUUGGGGAAAAAAACACUUAAAACCUUUUUAAAAAGAAAUAUUUACAGUUUUGAAGCUGUCAGAUUUUGCCUUUUUUACCACAAUCUUGCAUGGCUGAGAUCCUCCAUCUGGUGAAAGGGAAAUUAAUGUCCACAUUGGUGUCUUAACCUUGCAGAUACAAACUCAAUUUCUUACUAUUGUCAAACAGUUAAAAGUACAUUUUCUAUUUUUAAAAUUAUUUUGGGGUCUUGUAACUAAGGAGAGAGAGGAUUUAGCCCUGUUUUUAUACACUUUCUGCUUGCAAGGUGAAUAUGAAUAUAUGUAGCUAAUAUUGGGCAGAGGCAAUUAGUUUCAACUAUUAAUUAAUGAGAAUAUUCUAGGCUCUUUGAAUUUCUUCCUUUUUUAAGAAAAAAGGUAUAAUUUUUGGGUUUUUUUCCAGUCAGUUAUAGCAUCUGCCAAGUGGGAAUCUCUUGUAUUUGCUGUUAUUAGAGCUGGUAUUCCCAGCUGCACAUGCACAGCUCAGUCCUAAACAUCCUUACAUAAAAGAAAGAUGUAAAUGAGAGCUCAGAUUAAAGUGGUUUAACAUUUGUAGCUUUAUGGUACAUAACAAUUUUGCCUGCCAACAAAGUCACAGUGCUGGACAUGCCUCUGGCAGUUUGGAAUUUCUAUACAGGGGUGAAAUUCUGUGUUAUAUAUGCCAAGGUAUAUCACAAAGCUAAAAUGAAACUCUUUCUCCUAAUGCGAAAGAGCCUCAGAAUAACGCAUUUAUUCCGAAGGGCAGCAGGAAGAAAGGGAACACUUAACCCCUUCCUUGUCAGUGGUUUUCUCCUUAAAAAUCCCAUCAAUGUCACCUAUUUGAAUGUCCAAUACAUCUUUAUCAUUGCAAGGCCAUGGCUAUUACUAGAGUGUUGGGGAGGAGCCUAUCCAUGUCAUCUGAGUGACGUAGGAACUGCUGCUUCCUCUGUUUCUCUGGUGUCACAGGAACCCUAAAGUCACAUGAAAGAGGUUGGUGACUCACAUACCAGUUUUGUGCCACCUCCCAGUAUGGCCAAGGUCUCAACCCAGCAAAGGGGUCCAACAUAUUUCUUGUUGUUAUCCCUAGUUGUUUGUUGGAUUGUGUUUAAAGCUUUUGGUAAGACUAAAGAGGCAAUAAGGCGCAUAGCUAUCUUAAAGCAUUUGCUGUGGAGGAAGCCAGAAUACUCUCCUGUCUCCCUCCGUGAAGCACAAAGGCAACAUAUUUCAUAGUGCCAUAAACAGACCUCUUGUUUAUUAGUGUAACAAAAGAUAUAACAUUCUGUUAGCCAGCAAUUAAAAAUCACAGCUGCAAUUCUUGGGAGCAAACACACACACUGGCUUGGCAUGUGGUGGCGAAAACAGCAGCAGCUGUUUAAUUGUCAGCAGAUUGAAUGUUGCACCUUUUGUUGCUCCAGUCAACAGGACUUCACCCAUAGAAUCAUGCAAUUAUAGAGCUGGACAGAGCCCCAAUAGUCACCAGAUCCAACCCCCUGAUGAAGCAGGAAAUCCAUAGCUAAACCAUUCCUGGCAGAUGGUUCUUGCCAGCCUCUACCUUCACCAGCAUGCCCUUCCAUUGUUGUGCGGCUCUUACUGUCAGGAAGUUCCUCCCUCAGCUGUUCCUCACAGAGCUUCAUUUCUCUCCCUAUGAUUUUAUUUGGCUCGUCUUGAUUUGUGUGCAUAUGUAGACACUCAGCUAAAAAGAAAGGAGUCACUGAUUCUCUAGAGUCCAGUGUCACAAGAGGAAGGGAAGGUAGCAGUGCCUCAGUGAUAUGAAAGUGUCUCAAGGGAUUUCCUUACAGGGAGAAGAGUCAAAUAGCUCCAUUUAUAGCUAUUGGGGCUGGGGGGGGAAAACUAAUUUUAACUGCCUCAAGGGAAGGGCAGUUCCCUUCCCAUUUCAACCUAGAGUGGUCGAAAUGACCAGAUAGGCGGGGUAUAAAUAGAAUAAAUAAAUAAAUAACAUUUGUGUUUGGAAAACAAUCAUAUAUUUCCCAAAUGAGUUUGAGAGUACCAAGGAACAUUACUCUUAAUUCUUAGCAAGUGUUCCCAGAGCAUUCAAGGAAAAAGGCUUUAUUUUUGUUUGUUAAGAAGAUGUUAGCUGGAAUCCAUUCCUUAAAAAAAAAAAGAAUAUGUCUUCACUGUUGAAUAGAUUGCUAUUUUCUUCUGAUGGAGGAUGGAUCAUAUGAUCCCCUUAAAAGCGUUACUCCUAUGAGAAGAAGGGGGAAAGGGUACCAUCAUGAUAAAUAAAUGGCAUAGAUUUUAAAUUCCGUAACUUUCUGCAAAGGAAACUAUGAUCCAGAUUCACAGGUACUUGUGACCAAGAGUGCAUUGCAUGCAACUGCUGAUUUCUCCAGACAUGGACAUGGACAUUCACUGAGAAACUGGAAUAGGAAGGUAUACACUAUGUUUCUGGGUAGGAGGAACAGUAUUUCACUGCCUACAGUUUGCAUGGUUUCUACUGUUUAUGCAGUAGGCCAGAGUGCCUUUAUCUUCCGCUUAACCUUACAUACAAGACAAAAAGUGGCAGCUGAUAUUUUUAGAGUCUUCUGUAAGUUCAUCCACUAGGAGAAAGCAACAUAGAUCAUGUGAGUUCUUGGGUAUUUUCUAGCUGUAUAAGAAUUCCAGUGUAUUGAUAGGUUAGAGUUAAGGUUAGGGCAGAGUUAUGGUUAGAGUUAUGUUUGUAUGCCUUAUACAGUAUUUGUUAAACUCACUGAGAAUUCCAGCAGCCACCCUGAAUGGGCUGACCUAAUGACAACUUGACUGUGCUUCUUGGCAUCAGGUUCACCAAAUUAUGGCCCAGGAGGGUUUUUAUCACAAUAUAUUACAUUGAUUGGGAUAAAUGCCAUGAUGCAAUAGAUUACACUGACUAUGAUGAAAAAGGCUGCCAGUGGCGAAAAGGAAGAGAUGGGCUGGGUCCAUUCCUCCCUUCCCCCAGCCAUCUUUGUUUGUAAAAGGUGAAAGAUUUAUAUAAUCUGAAGAGAAACCAGAAGACACCAACACUCACCUCCAGGGGCUGAAACUUAGAGGUAUGGAAUUGCAGCUCUUCAGGUGACAGUGAUGCAGAAUGCCUACCAAGUGAAUCUGAUUCUGUAGCAAAAUGUGACCCUUGGGAAUGAAAACAUCACAUCCUGGUAUGUGAGGGCUAUGAGAGAGAGAGAAAAUGCUAUAUCCUGCCUUGCAUUUCCCAUGAGUCCUUGCCUGCUUAGUCACAGGGGGUAGAAUUCACUGCUGAGCUGAGGGCAAUCAAUGAAAUAUUUUACAAGUUAAGAAGUGGACCUGGCACACAAACAAUGACAAGGAAUCAUCCUUCAGUCGAUGUGCUCACAAAUGGGAUUGUUUCUUUUGACUGAUGAUCUGCAGAUUUGGGGCAAAUGGCUUUCUUGGGGUUCCACCCAAGCCCCCUAUCCUUAAUUCAGCACUCCAUUUAUGCUUUAAAGUCUAGCUUGACUGCUGUGCUUAAGCCACUCUUUACAAAGGUUUCAAUUCUGAACACACUUGGCUGCACCUUCAAGUAGCAUUUGUGUGCAUUCAAGUGUAAUUGGGACUGGGACCUUAGCGGUUUUCUCAGGUUUCAGAUCUGAAGUCUGCUAAUGGCCUUUGCCAUCUCCAAGCCUUUUUUUGCUACCUUUUAUACCAAUUAAAUACCUUUCUCUGCUGUCCCAUGUUUGAUCUUAACCAUUUCUUGAAGGGUUUGUGUGUUUGUUUCCUGUUUAAGCGCAUUCAUUUUGCAUCAUUGUUUUUUGAGGACUUUUAUUAUUUAGUAUUUAUUUUGUAAGCCAAAUGUUUUUGUAGAUUUUCUUUUAAAUAUCUCAUUUUUUAUGACACUAAUUUGUAGAUUUCAGUCUCAGUAGAAACAAACUGGGUGGAAGGCAUCCAUCCGUCAGUUCACUGACAAGAAUUUUAAUUGGAAUGAGGUUGUAGUCUAUGGAAAGUUGCCAUCCGGAGUUACUUUCCUGAGAUUUCAAAUUGCUCCACAGAGGAUAGGAGAAUGCUCAGCAAUGCACUGCUCACCUAGCAAGACUUGUAUCUGUGCACAUAUCACUGAACAUAUUAACCUAUGAAGCUGCCUUAUACUGAGACCUUUUGUCCACCUAGCCCAGUAAUAUCUACUCUGGCUGACAGCAGCUGUCUAAGCUCUCAGGGCAGAGACCUCCCAGUUUGGCUGGGCUCCUUUUUUGAGGGUGCUGGGAAAUGAUCCCAGGGACAUCUGCAUGCAAAUCAUGCAUUUGGGUGUGGACCUUCCCCAAUAAAUGCUGUUGAACAAUUAAACUGUAGGAAUUGCUAAAUUCCACUGUCUCUAGUUAAAGAUCCCGCUCGCUUCUUUAAAAGAGGACGCUAGCAUAAGUUGAUAAAGAUUAAAUCCUGGAAGAGAGAUCCGGAAGAAAAUGUUACUUUUUCUAAUAGUUCUGUUUCUUGGCAUUCCAAGAACUGCAGAGGACACCAGCAAAGAAUCCUUCUGUCCAGCAGGUAGCUACAACCACCAGCUAAAAACAAUGACUUCAUAAGUACUGUAUAGCCCAAUUCUUGGAAUAAAAAUGUGUUGAGCUACCUUGUUGGUGCUGACUGGAUAUUAGCAAGGUAUUCCAACGGCGGAAUGAAAACUCUAGUGACAAGCAUGGUUUUAAUUCAACCUACAGACUUAAGAACACAAUCGCCAACCGAGCGAUUGACAUUUUGCAGCACUGUGUCAGAAGAAGACGCUUCAGUGUAUAGUUUAGAUAUUGCUAACUUGUGCCAUUAACAUUUUCAACAAGUGUGUAGUAUUUUCUCUUUUUUAAAAAGGUCAUUUUAGUAUUCUGCAGCUAGCUAUAUAAAUAAAAAUUUUACCCCAUGGGUAGGAUUUUAAUUGUUAAAUGCCAUAAUAAAGCACACUAAUGUUGACACUUACAAAUGGAAGUAAGAACCAAAAAUAAAACAAAUGUCCAACAAGGUUCGCUGAGAAUGAAUUCUCUUCUGUUUUGAUAUUUGCAUGCUCCAACUUGGACUGGCUGUGGCCAUGUAAUGCCUGUAUAAUGUUUUCAAAUAAAAGAAUACAUCCUUUAUCUAAGCCAUGGUU